UUUCAAGUCUCAUCUGGUUGUCAGUCGUUCCCCCAAUGCGCCUCAUAUGUUGAUCUUCUAAUGGCUGAAGUUACAGGCAAAGUAGAUUUAAAAAUCGGAGAUGACACGUACCAGACUUGGUACAAAAUCGUUGGGGAUCUCGUUUCGGGUGCGCACCCUCUCAUCAUACUGCAUGGCGGCCCUGGCAUACUGCAUGAGUAUAUGACACCUCUCUCCGAAAUUCAGGCAUCC